AUGAUUUCUUAAGUUUAGGAUUUGUAUUAACUUAUUUACGACAAACUUGUGAAUAAGGAAUCUCUUGAACCCUCCUUACUCACUAGGCUACAUACUUAAAUAUUCUUGUAAAACUUGGAGAAAAAUUUGGAAUUGGAAGAAUUUUAUUAUGAUAUUCUCAGAAAACAUAUUAAGAAUCAUCAUUCAAUCUCUCCUGAAUAACUGGAAAUACUAAUUAAUAUUGUAUAUUAUCUUGGUAUUUUCAUUAACUCAUAGUAACUAUUUACUAAAGCAUUCCAAAUUAUUAAAGAAAAUUUAAUUGAUAAUCAACCAAUAAUUCAGAAUUCAUUAUAUUUACACAUCCUUCAGGCUUGCGGCUCUUAAAAUAUCUGCUUAAAAUAAGGGCAUUAAUUUCUUAACAUUGAUAUCAAUAAUGAAUAUUUUAAAUCACGAUUCCUCACACCCUAUCUUGAAUCAAUAACUAAAAGAAUACCUAAAUAUAAUAUUAUAUCAUUCAUUAAGGAUGAAUAAUAAAAAAUAAAAUUACUUCAUCCCUAAUCAGAGAAUUACAUCAUUGAUGAAUUAAAAUUAUUCAUUAUUUAGGAAUAACUUAAAACUGUAGACUUCAAAUGUAAUUCUUAAGAAUUGUAUGACUUAUUUACUUUUCUUCGAAUCGAAGAUAAAUUUUAAUACAAAAUUAAGCAAAGGCUUUCUAAUUUGAUAGACAAAGAUAAUUCAAUAAAUCCUUUCUAUUAAUUAGCAAUUCAAUAUAAAAAUUUUCUUUCGUAAUAUCUUGAUUUAGAUUUUGAUCAAUUUUUUUAAUUUUUUAAAGUGCAACUACAUAAUAUUCGAGAUUUCUAUUAAAAUGAAAAGCAUAUGCUUAUUGUAUUAAAUGAAACAAUUGAAGAAUAUUUAAUAAAGCAUGAUUGUUUACUAAAUUUGCUCGAAAUUCAUGAUGAAGAAAUUGGUUAUUUUUCAUAAUGUAUGAUAUAAUCAAUUGAUCAUUUUGUUAAUUUAAUAAUAGAAAAAUUAUUUAAAUUAGUUUCCCCUUAUAAAAAUAAUUUUAAUUUUUCUCUUUAAAUUGCAAAAAUCAAUAAGAUGUCUUAAUACCAUCAUAAAUUAGUGGAUAAAUUCAAGUUAAAAGAAUUAUAGAAAUUUUUAAAAAUAACUUAAAAUUCCUAUAGACCUUUAUAUUUACCUAAACCUAAAUUUAUUUCCCAAACUGCAUAAAUAAUCUCAGAUAUUCCAUAUUAAUUAUUAAAUUAUUUGCCAAAAGAAGAAUAAAAAAGAUUUGAAUUAACUGCUUAUGGGUAUGCUGAAGUAGCAUAUAAAGAAAAUUAUAGAUUGGUGCUUAAUACAAGAUAAUUAGUUUGUUUGUAUCAUUUGAUUAACCAUAAUUUUAAAUAAGUAGAUGAAAUUAAUUUGAUUCUAUUUCAGAAAUUAGGUUUAAUAAAUACAGAAGGAAUUAUAAAUAAUGACUGGAUACCAACUCAUAAAUGUUUGAUAUUAUUUAAUUGA